AUGGAGGAAGUAGCGACACCAGUUCAAGUAUACGUAUAUGAUUUAUCAAGGGGCCUUGCAAGAAACUACAGUCGUAUGUUUUUGGGCACCGAGAUUGAGGCGAUUUACCACACAUCAGUUGUAGUGAGAGGCAAAGAGUAUUACCUCGAUCGCGGGAUUCAAAUAGUUAGAGCUCAAUCGCACCAUCUCAAGUAUGGGUCCCCAAUAGAAGUGAUUGAAGUAGGGGAGACUUUUAUUGACGAUGAGACAAUUGAUGCCUUCAUAAAUGAUCUCAGAGGUAGGGAAGAUAUGAAGUAUGAAGCAGCUAAGUACGACUUGUUUACCAAUAACUGUAAUCAUUUUACAAAUACAUUUUUGGAGUUUUUAUGUGACAAGAAGUUGGAUGAUAGGAUAUUGAAUUUGCCAGAGGUUGUUUUAGAAACGCCUGCUGGUCGAAUGUUGCAACAAAUGAUUGGUGGUGCUGGACAGUUUUUCUAG